GACAUUAGUAUGCAGAUUAUAGAUUGACCCAGAUGAAACGGAGCAAAACACAAAUCCCACAAAGCCGGGACUAUGGCAGAAGGAUUCGGACAGGGGAUGGAAUGUGAAGACCAGGAAAGAAACUCAAAGAUGUCAGCAGUCGUAAUUGUGCAUGGUGGGGCGUGGGCCAUCCCAAGCAAAUUGGCUAAGGACUGUAUUGAUGGAGUAAAGGCUGCAGCAUGUGCAGGGCUUUCUGUCCUGAAGAGAGGGGGAAGCGCCCUGGAUGCUGUCGAGACAGCUGUGAGGACUAUGGAAGAUAACACUGUGUUCAAUGCAGGGCAUGGAGCAACACUCAAUGCAGAUGGAGAAGUAGAGCUGGAUGCCAUUAUUAUGGAUGGAAGGAUGCUUGACAGUGGUGCUGUGUCUUGUGUGAAGAACAUUGCCAACCCCGUGUCACUGGCACGGGCAGUGAUGGAAAAGACUGCCCACACUAUGUUAACAGGUAGAGGUGCUACCCUGUUUGCAGACAGCAUUGGUAUGUGCACAGUUCCCACUGAUAUACUGGUGACUGAGUAUGAGAGGAAAGAAUGGGAAAAACACAAGAAAUGCAUUACUGGAGUAAUGGAAGAUUUUAACUCUCAAUGUGCCAAUGAUAGUGUUGGGGCAGUUGCUCUGGACUAUGCUGGUAAUGUUGCAUGUGCAACAUCAACUGGAGGGAUCAGAAAUAAAAUGGCUGGCAGAGUAGGAGACUCUUCGAUUGUUGGCUGUGGAGGAUAUGCAGAUAACCUUAGCGGUGCGGUGUCUUGUACCGGCCACGGAGAGUCUAUUCUUAAAGUAACAUUGGCCAGACUCAUUCUUUCACACAUGGAGAGAGGUAAAUCAGUAGCAGAUGCCUCACAGUUGUCUUUGCAGUACAUGAGAGACCAGGUCCGAGGAACAGGAGGUGCUAUUGUGGUUGCUCCAUCGGGACAGUGGGCAGCCACAUUUACCACAGAGCGGAUGGCUUGGGCAGCUGUGGAAAACAAUGUUCUGUGGUAUGGAUUAGAGCCAAAUGAAAAGUUAAAAGAGCAGUUGCCCCAGUAGGAAUUUUAACAGCUCUCUUUGAUCU